AUGGAGGAAGCGCAGCAGCGGCAAAAGGCGGCGGCGGAGGAGGUCAGGAGGCUCAAGGCUGAGAAGAAGCCUAAGGAUGACCCCGAGCUCGUCGCUGCCAUCCAGAACCUGAACAAGAUCAAGGAAGAGAUCGCUGAGAUGAGCAAGCCCAUCGAGACCAACCCUUACGUCAAGACAAGGGGAGAGCUUGACGACAUCUGCAAGCGUCGCUUCUUCUUCCGUCCUGCCUUCGACAUCUACGGAGGAACGGCCGGGUUCUUUACGUACGGUCCCCCUGGAGCUGCUCUGAAAGCCAACAUCAUCAGCCUGUGGAGGAAGCACUUCGUGAUCGAGGAGAACCUUCUUGAGAUUGAAGAUCCGACCAUCAUGCCCCACGAGGUCCUCAAGACGUCUGGGCACGUGGAGAGGUUCAACGACUUCAUGGUGAAAGACACGUUGCAGGAGGACAAGUUCUACAGGGCAGACAAGCUGCUGGAGGAAGAGAUGGAGAAUCGUCUGAAAGUCCCGACAAUCACUGAGGAGGAGAGGACGAGGUACACCAAGGACCUCACAGCUGCCGACAGCUUCUCGCGCGAGGAGCUCGGCGCCAAGAUCAAGGAGUAUGGCAUCAAGGCGCCGGAGACUGGAAAUGAGCUGACGGAUCCCUACGAGUUCAAUCUCAUGUUCCCAACACCAAUCGGACCUUCUGGUUUGCUUCAGGGAUACCUCAGGCCUGAGACCGCUCAGGGAAUUUUCCUCAACUACAAGUUUGCAGCGGAGCAGAACUCUGACAAGAUUCCCUUUGGAGUCGCGCAGAUCGGCAAGUCCUACCGCAAUGAGAUCGCACCGCGAGGCGGGCUCGUCAGGCAGAGGGAGUUCACGCAGGCAGAGAUCGAGUUCUUUGUGCAUUACAAGAACAAGAACUUCGACAAGUUCAAGAGCGUCUACGAUCUUUUCCGCCAACACUUGCCGACUGAGAUGGCUCACUACGCUUGCGAUUGCUGGGAUGCUGAGAUCGAGGUCUCAACCGGAUGGAUGGAGACAGUCGGCAUUGCCGAUCGCUCAGCCUACGACCUCUCGGUCCACUCUCAGAAGACCAAGGUCGACUUGAGCGCGCAGGAGAAACUCGACGCUCCUGUCUCUGUCGACGUCGUCUACCUCAACAAGAAAGCUGCUGCCCUACUCGGGAAGGACUUCAGGCAAGACGCUCCUAUCGUCAAGUCGUUUCUUGAAGGACACUCUCUGGAAGAGUCGAAGAAACUCCAGGAGGAGGUCAAUUCCGCUGGCUCCAAAGUUGUCACGAUCGAGUCCAAGGAGUUUACCCUCAAGAAGGAGCACUGCGUGUUCGAGUAUCGUGUCGACACCCGCCAUUACAACAACUACACGCCUCACGUCAUCGAGCCCUCCUUCGGCAUUGACCGUCUCUUCACCGCGGUUCUUGAGCACAGUUACUAUGCUCGUCCUCAAGACCCCGACGACAAGGAGAAGAUUGUGCGAGGAGUUCUCUCCCUCUCUCCCUCUGUCGCUCCUUACAAGGCUAUCAUCAUGCCCCUCGAUCAGAGAAUUGCCAACAACGCCAAAUAUCAAUCGAUGGUCGAGGAGCUGCGCAUGCAGUUUGCUUCUUACGGUUUGGGAUACAAAGUUGACGACUCGGGCGCCUCCAUCGGCAAGCGCUACGCGCGUAACGACGAGCUUGGUAUCCCCCUCGGCAUCACCUUCGACUUCGACUCCAUCGGUCAGAACGACUCCUCGGGCAGCCAAGAGCAGGAAGGAUCGGUCACCCUACGUGAGCGCGACUCCUGCACCCAAGUUCGCCUCCCCUACACCGAGGUGGUUGACGUUAUCGCCAAGAAGCAAAAUGCCUCAGACAAGAUCGGCGAUGGAGGAAAGGCUCCUGCUACCCAGGUGGAGCAGGACUACGCCAAGAAGCACCGGAUCACUGAGAUCGUCAACGAGGCCAUCGCUGCUACCUUGUCUCUCAAGCCUGACGAUCCCAUCGCUCACAUCGCGAAACUUCUUGCUGAAAAGUCUGCCAAGUAA